AUGGCAUCACAAAGUGUUGCUGGCCGCUCUACACUAAAGGACACGACUGUGUACCUCACCACCCUGGCUCUGAUGCUGUGCAUACUGUACAUGCUGUCCCGCGCUGCGCAACGCAUGGAGAACAGCGCUGACGUGCUGCGGCGACGGCUGUGCAAACUGCUUGUACUGUCGCAGCCAAGUGACGACUACCACAAGGCCACGAAGGAUCUCCUGCGCAUGAUGUCCACGCGGCCGAUCCACGCGCGCGCAUUCGGCUGCAUCAACGUCGAUAUGACUCUGCUACCCGCAUGCGUGUCUUUCUUCACCUCGUACACUGUCAUUGCUUUGCAGUUUAAUAAUGUCGUGUAG